GACAAGUCGGAGGGGAGGGAGACACUGUGGCGGACAAGAUGGCGGCGGCUGCACAGGGCGGCCGGAGUGGUGGUGGUUCUGGCGGUGGUGGUUCUGGCGGUGGUUCCAGCUGCGGGACAGGCAGUAGCCGCAGCGGCUUGUUGGACAAGUGGAAGAUUGAUGAUAAACCUGUAAAAAUAGACAAAUGGGAUGGAUCAGCUGUGAAAAAUUCUUUGGAUGAUUCUGCCAAAAAGGUACUUCUGGAAAAGUACAAGUAUGUGGAGAAUUUUGGUCUGAUUGAUGGUCGCCUCGCCAUCUGUACCAUCUCCUGUUUCUUUGCCAUAGUGGCAUUGAUUUGGGAUUAUAUGCAUCCUUUUCCAGAAUCCAAGCCCGUUUUGGCUUUGUGUGUCAUAUCGUAUUUUGUGAUGAUGGGAAUCCUGACCAUAUAUACCUCAUAUAAGGAGAAGAGCAUUUUUCUUGUGGCCCACAGGAAGGACCCUACUGGGAUGGAUCCUGAUGAUAUUUGGCAACUAUCUUCUAGUCUCAAAAGGUUUGAUGACAAGUACACUCUGAAGCUGACCUUCAUCAGCGGGAGGACGAAGCAGCAGCGAGAAGCUGAGUUCACCAAGUCCAUUGCAAAGUUUUUUGACCAUAGUGGGACACUAGUCAUGGAUGCCUAUGAGCCUGAAAUAUCCAGGCUCCAUGAUAGUCUUGCCACAGAAAGAAAAAUAAAAUAGGCCUUCUAAAAGCAGCCAUCUUUCUGCUGGUACAUGCUGAAUUAUGGAGUGAGAGGGGAAGAGACAGAACUUGAAAUGGAUAAAGUAAGAAAUGUUUUAAAAAUCCCUGUUUUGUCAUGAAAUUUUAGACCAUUAUGGAUAAAUAGAAUUUUCUAGCUCAGAUAGGAGAUGUUGCUCUGGUAUGUAGCUGUAGCCUCCUUAGUCUGCUGAUUGCAUCGUUUCAGUUUGCUUUUCUGGAAAAGCAUUUUUGCAAAAAGCUAUAUAAACUCCCUUCACACCUUGCAGUACUUUAUGUAUGUAGUAUAUAACUUUGUGCCAUGUAACAUUUGAAGACAUGAUUUUGUUUUUUAAACUGUUAACCUGUUGCUAACUUGAUUGUGUUAAUGUCUGUUUCAACAGCUUUUCCCCUUAAUUCAGGAUACAACUUCUAGUGUAUGACAACAUUCACUGACACACCAUUUUUGUGGCUGUAUGUUUAUCUGAUGUGGGAAAAGUUGUGGGAGUGGGGAGGCAAACCACAGGUUCUUAAUUUGUUUAAAACAUCUGCCUGUUACAUUUUGUGCUCCUAAUCAAUUAAAGAUGCCAAUGACAUUUGCAGUUU